GUUGUUGACGUUGGUAUCAUAGAAAGAGGUAAAGAGGUGUUGUCGUGCUCGAAAGAUGGAACAGCAAAAAUGUGGAAUUGUGGAUCAGCGGAAUGUCUGAGAACAUGGCAUCCUGAAGCGGGUCAUGUGAAUGCUUUGGCCAUAUCGCCAUCAUCUUCAUCAUCAGGCACAAAUAUAUUCGGCGUCGCAUGUGAAUCGGGUAAAGCAAAUGUUUAUGAUUUACGGAGCAAUGACUCGGGAAUUUUGGUUGUUGUACCAGGUGAAAAUUGUACUGCAAUAACGUUUUGUGGCAUCGCAUCGACAGAUUCUGCGAGUGAGGAUGCAAAUUUGUAUAUUGGUACUGAAGAGGGAUCGAUUAUAGGGUAUAGUAUGAAAGCUGGGUAA